AUGAUGAUCCUCAAUAUUUUCGUAGACAACAUCCAUUGCGGAAUUUGCGAAAGGCAUAUCUUUGCGCUCUUAUCUCGCCAUUUUAACUGGAAAUCUGAAGCGAGGAGUCUAGGGGAACGAUACGGGGCAAAUGAGAGCGCCCUAUCCUUCAGACUGCCAAGGUCACUACUUUCAAACAAUCCAAAACGCCUAUACGCAGAUUCGCUUGAUAUCGAUCGCGAAAGUGGCAAAAUAAUCGUUACAUUCAAUAAAGGAGAAGCCGGUACUGAAGGCUCGUCUGAGAAAUCCAGCAUAGAUGUCCCCUUUUUUGAUCGAAUCGCUAUUAGGAAAGAUUUAGUGCAUGCUGGAUUCGAAGUUCGCGACAUAUUCAGCGGUAACGGCGAUACACCUGGAUCAGAUCCCGGCAGGAUCUUCAAAACAGCUUCUCGAAACACUGUUGUUCCGAAACUGACGAAAUUGCUGCAUACCCAGCAAAAGCGACACAGAAUACAUGUGGAGCAUUGUAAUGAAUGUCGGACGCAGGAGCUGCGCCAGCGGCGAGAAUCUGAUUCCGCAAUUCCCAAGAAGAGCGAAACCCAAUUUCGGGCGGUAUUUGCAGUUGGGGGUAUGACUUGCUCUGGUUGCGCGAGUGCAAUAGAGAGAAGCAUUAUAGAAAUUUUGCCAGCAAUACGAGAUGUCAAAACUACAGUGUCUGUUGACAGUAUUAAUCACACAGCAGUCAUAUUCAUGUCGAACAAACUACAUGUACAGCGGAUCAUUGAAGGUCUCAAGGACACGGGGUAUGCUGCUCAGCUUCUCGAAAUUUUGCCUCUGCGAACUGAGCAACGCUACAAACUAGUUGCCGCCAUAGAGGGUAUAACUUGCGCCGCAUGCGCAUCAGCGAUCACAAAUGCCGUCAAAGAUCUAAACUGCGUCGACGAAGUGGGUGUAAACGUUGUAUCAAACACUGCCACCUUCAUUUUGAACUCAGCAGAAAAUUCGGUCAUACGCGAGGUUGAAUACACUAUCGAAGAUUGUGGAUUUGGAUUCCGAGCACUGGGAAAACCCGAAAGCGUGAAUCACGCUAUUUUCAAAAAGCCAACCAGGAUAGUCAACUUGAGGAUUGAUGGUAUGUUUUGCUCACAAUGCCCUGAGCGCGUGAAUGAUGCUUUGUCUAAUUUUGGUAGAGCAGAACUAAUUAUCCAGGAUCCUAUCUCACUAAAGACUCCUUUUAUCAAAUUUAAGUACAUUCCAGAUGUCGAAAGGGGCGUUACUGUUAGAUCGAUUAUCGAUACCUUAUUGAAGACCCUAUCCAAUGGAAACGACUCUAAUAUGAGGAUUUCAAUCGUCAAAGAACGCUCCUUCGGAGAGCACUUGAAAGCGAUCUCUAAACGAGACAUGCUUAAGAUAGCGGUGAGAUUGGUCGCAGCCACUAUAUUCGCGAUACCAACAUUUGUUUUUGGGGUUGUGGGAAUGUCUUUACUUUCAAAACACGAUAAAUUUAGGGUGUGGUUGGAGGAGCCUUUAUGGGUGGGCAAUAUUUCGAGAGUGACGUGGAUUCUGUUCAUUUUAAGCACUCCUGUAUACUUUUUUGUGGACGACAUAUUUCACAGAAAGGCUUUCCUCGAGGUGAGAGCUCUCUGGAGGCAGAAAAAUAAUUGGCAGCGGAGGCUUUUCAAAUUUGGCAGUAUGAAUUUGCUGAUAUGCUUAGGAACUAGCGUUGCUUAUUUUUCUAGUAUCGCGCUGCUGGCGAUUUCUGCUAUUGUUAGCCGGGAAAAAGGUGAAAUGGGAUUCACGACAACCUAUUUCGAUUCGGUGGUAUUUCUUACGCUUUUCCUUUUAGUUGGCAGACUUCUUGAGACAUUUUCCAAAAGCAGGACGGCCCAAGCUAUUAACGACCUCGGUUUAUUAAAACAGUGCAAGGCGACAUUGGUGGAUCUUGUGGGUAAAUCUAAUUUUGCUAACGACCGGACAGUUGAGGUAGACUAUUUGGAGAUUGGAGACUACGUAAAAAUCUCUCCUGGUGAAUCUCCACCUAUCGAUUGCAUUGUUGUGCAAGGUCAUGCCAGCUUUGAUGAAAGCGCUCUGACUGGCGAAUGCGUGCCUAUUGAGCAUGGUGAGGGUGAACAGAUUUUUGCAGGGACGGUCAACUUAGGCAGCCACACUUUGGUCGGCAAGCUCUGUGCACUAGAAGGAGAAUCACUCUUGGACCUAAUAGUCAAUACAGUGCGUGAUGGUCAGUUGAGAAAAGCGCCCGUUGAAAAAUUGGCGGAUUCGUUGACUGGCUUUUUUGUUCCUUUAAUUGUGGCUCUUGCCAUUGUUACCUGGAUAGUUUGGAUUUCUUUGGCUUUCAGCGGAUGCCUUCCUCAAAGUUAUCUUGACAUUGACGUCGGUGGCUGGAUCGUUUGGUCUCUGGAGUUUGCUACAUCUGUAUUUGUUGUGGCAUGCCCAUGUGGUAUUGGUCUUGCGGCACCUACAGCCUUAUUUGUCGGAGCCGGAUUGGCCGCAAAACAUGGAAUUCUUGCACGAGGAGGUGGUGCCGCUUUCCAAGAGGGUUCAAGAGUCUCGGUGGUUUGUUUCGAUAAAACAGGAACACUUACUAUGGGCGGGAAGCCCAAAGUAACUAACUACGCCGUACACACUAACGAAAUGGUAAGAAAAAUUGGAAUCCAGGCAGCCAAGGAGUUGGAGCUUUCAUCCAAACACCCUCUGGCCGCCGGUGUAAAAGAUUUUAUCAAUAACACGUUCGGGUGUCUAACGGGCAAUGUGAAAAUUCCGGUCGCCGAAGAGAUCGCGGGGAGGGGGCUGAUAGGUGACUUCGUAGUUACUGAGGAAUCCGCUACUGCUCCAUGGAAAUUGAUGAAUCCUACUAGUGCUAUUCUUGGCAAUGAAAAAUUCAUGGCCGAGAGCAAGUGCCACUUAAGCUCAUCUCAAUUGAGCAUGCUAGCUGAGUGGAAGGCUGAAGGAAAAAGUGUUGUCAUAGUGGCAAUCCAGUGUCGGGAAUUUUUCAAAAGUGACAAUUACUAUCCUGUGUUGCUAUUGGCAGCUAGAGACGAAGUAAGAUCCGAGGCCAAGGGUGUCAUUGCAUCAUUGCAACAUGAGGGCAUAGAAUGCUGGAUGAUCUCGGGUGAUAAUGUAAUAACUGCUACGGCGAUUGCCAAAGAGCUUGGAAUAGAUAACGUAGUUGCUGAGGUUUUACCUGAAGGAAAAGCCGAUAAGGUAACUUGGAUAAAAGAAACCCACAUUGUUAACAACGAACCAUCUGUUGUGGCUAUGGUAGGGGAUGGUAUCAACGAUGGUCCGGCUUUGGCUGCUGCCGAUGUGGGAAUUGCUCUGGCGUCAGGUACAGACCUGGCAAUGACUUCAUGCGAUUUUGUGUUACUCUCUGCAAGCAAUACACUAUGUUCUUUGUUAACGUUGCUUCAGAUCUCACGAAAGGUAUUUCGCAGGGUGAGAUUUAACUUUGGAUGGGCUCUAGUUUAUAACAUGAUAGGAAUUCCAAUAGCGGCAGGCGUUAUCUAUCCCUACAAAAACUCAAGGUUGUCACCAGUUUGGGCAAGUGCAGCCAUGGCGGCUUCUUCUGUAACUGUUGUUUUGAGUAGCUUAGCUCUACGGAUGUACACUCCCAUGGAAGUGCAGAAUGAUGACACGCAUAAAGAAUUCGUGCUUGAAAACUCUGUCGCAAUCGAGGAGAAGUUUCCAUAG